AUGUUCACCCAGACGUUAAGGAGAAGUGCGUAUUUACUUGUGGUUUUUUUAGGGAUCUUGUUAGCUUACAAUUCUUCUAUUUUAGAUGCGUUAAAAUAUAGAUCUAGAUCUAUAAAUUUACAAUUUAAACAAAGAAGGUUUUCAACAUCUUCUUCAUCAUCUUCAUCAAAUACUACUACGGGUGGGAUUAAUGAUAUACCUUUCAAAUAUAAUGUAUCUGUUGCAUUUCAACCUAAAGAACGUGAUGAAAAUAAAUUCUUAAAUGAAAUGUUUAAAAAUAAGAAAUUAGAUUCUCCAACAGGUGAAGAUAAUUAUUUUAUUGCUGCUAAAUCUGCUCAUGAAAUCGCUGUGGGUGUAGCUGAUGGUGUUGGUGGAUGGGCUGAAUUGGGAUAUGAUUCAAGUGCAAUUUCAAGAGAGUUGUGUAAAGCUAUAGAGAAUGGAUAUCUUUAUGGUAAAGAUGCUAUUUUUUCAACAAAUCCACAAUAUUUAUUAAAUGAAGCUUUUGAAACAAUUCAAAAAAAUGGAGUGGUUAAAGUUGGCGGUACUACUGCUUGUUUAGGUGUUUUUAAAUCUGAUGGUAUCUUAAAUGUUGCUAAUUUAGGGGAUUCUUAUUGUGGUGUUUUCAGAGAAAAUAAAUUAAUAUUAGCAACUAAAAUUCAAACUCAUGGUUUUAAUACUCCAUAUCAAUUAGCUAUAAUUCCACAAGAAAUUUGGGAUAAACAUACAAAGAAAGAAAAUGGUAAAAAAGGUAGAUUUAUAAUGGAUAAACCAAUGGAUUCAGAUACUUAUGAAUUUAAAUUACAAAAAAAUGAUAUAAUAAUGUUUGCAACAGAUGGUGUAAUUGAUAAUAUAAACAUUCAAGAUAUUGAAAUUUUUUUAAAAGAUAAUGAAGAUUUAAAAAUUAAUGAAAUUUCUCAAAAAUUUGUUGAUAAAGUUUAUGAAUUAAGUAUUGAUGAAGAAUUUUCUUCUGUUUUCAGUCAAGAAUUAUCUAAAUUAACUAAACAAUUUUAUACUGGUGGUAAAGAAGAUGAUAUAACUGUUGUUUUCGUUCAAGUUGAUCAAAAUUUAUGA